AUGACUUGGAAUCUUGCAUGUGUCGUCAACUUCUGCUUCGACGGCAAGGAGCCACAAAACGAAAAGGCUUACAAGAUGCGGCGAUGGAACGAGCUGUGGGAUCUUGUCCAGACGUGGAUGCAUGGUAGACCGGACGGCUUCAAUGCAAUUUUCGAAGGCCCAGCCGGCGAUGGGGGCUGCUUUCCUGAGAUUCUCUUCACAGCCGACUGGCACGGCCCCAAGUUCGCAAUCCGCAACGUCGGCAGCCUGUCUGAAACAGAUGUAAGGACCAAAGUUACCAAACAGCACGAACAUUUGCUUAUUGAAGUAGAAUCAGAUCUUGACGCAUGCUCGCGCCAUUUCCGGGGCUAG